CCCUACACACACACACACACACACAAGCACACUCAUUCUCUCUCCGCGAAACCCUAACCCUAGAAUUCGUAUUGCUCCUCCUCUUCGUCGUCGUCGUCGUCGUCGCGAUGGGGUGGGCGACGCGGUUCCUUACGGCGGUGGCGUUCCUGGCCGUGGGGGUGGUGUUCGCACCGGACGUGCUCGGGUCGGGGCCGGACUCGCCGGCGAUCGCCGUAUCCGCCGCGAAGCUCGCCCACCUCCUCUGCUUCGCCACCGCCUGGGGCGCCGCCCUCUGGGUCACCUUCAUCGGGGGCAUCGUCAUGUUCAAGAACUUGCCGAGGCACCAGUUCGGGAAUCUACAAAGCAAGAUGUUUCCGGCGUACUUCAUGUUGGUUUCGGUAUGCGCGGCGGUCUCUGUAGCGGCAUUCGCUUAUCUACACCCGUGGAAGUCGGCCUCUUCACUGGAGCACUACCAGCUAGGGUUUCUCGUCGCCGCCCUCGGCUUCGAUCUCUCCAACCUCCUCGUCUUCACUCCCAUGACUAUCGAGAUGAUGAAGAAGAGGCACAAAAUCGAGAGAGAUCUGAGCAUCGGCGAAGAAGUCGGAUGGUCGAAGAACGUGGAAGUGGCGAAGUCGAACCCCAAUCUCGCUGCGAUGAACAAGAAGUUCGGGAUGAUCCACGGACUGUCGUCACUCGCCAACAUUUUGGCAUUCGGCAGCCUCGCCAUGCAUUCCUGGUACUUGGCUGGUAAAAUUCAGUUCUGAACAUUAGUUUCUGGACAUUCGGGGGAUUCGGAAAUUACAAAAUAUAUGCUUUGGUUGCCACGAACUCAUUUAGAAUGUAAACGGCACUAAACCGCGUGCAGUAGUGUUGUUGGAUGAUCUUCUUUUACUUGAUUGUGUGGGAACUUUGUCUGAUGAUGAAACUGCAUCUGAUUUAUGAUUCAAUAGUAACACAGAAAAAACAAGCAUCCUCUGAACUUUGUACUGUUUCCAUCCUAAGCUUUGUUUUGGUUGUUGUUGUGAACAUGUAGGGUGAUUGUUUGAGCA